AUGGUGUGUUUGCUUGAAAAUCUAUCCAACGAAAUUUUCUAUGAAAUAUUCGAUUAUCUCGAUGGUUGUGAAUUAUAUCACGGAUUUUCAAAUCUCAAUUCUCGUUUCCAUCAGCUACUAAACUCUCCCUUACUUUUUUAUGAACUCAAAUCUCAUUGUACAUCGAAUCAGUUCGAUGAAUGCAUGAGAUAUAUUAAUCCAAAUCAAAUUCGUUCAUUCAAUGUCUCAUCGGAAUUGCGAAUCGACAAGUUCUUCUCGUCGUUCAAUAUCGACUCAUCACUUCAUCAUCUUCGAUCGAUUUUCGUUGAGAACAUCAAGCCUGAAACGCUUUCCGAUCUCUUGACGAAUUGUACUCAUUUACCAUGUCUUACUUCGCUGAAUAUCAUGUCCUAUCAUCAGUUAUUAGAUCUAUGUCAGAUUUAUCCAUUGAUUUUCAACUUAUCAACACUAAAAUCUCUGACAGUAACGUCACAUGAAUUCAAGAACUCCAUGGCAUUACCAUACGCCACUGAAAGUCAACAAACAAGCAAAAUCGAACAUAUGAACAUCAACCACCGUGUUACCUUUCAGGAACUUGCGACGAUUAUUUCCUACACGCCAAAACUCUUUCGUUUAGAAUUUCUACACGAAGAUGAAGAUGAUUCAACAGUUGAAUUAAUCACACCAACGCAACUGUCAAACAUAACUCACAUCUCAAUGACGAUUAUGUACUUGAAUUACGAUGAUAUGGACAUCUUCUUGCAUAAAUUACCAUCCACUCUCGAAAGUUUCAAUUUUUUCGUAUGUGAAAUCGAUAUCAGUUAUCUCGAUUUCAGCAUGUGGGAAGAAUUAAUCAAAGAAAACUUUCCCCAACUGAAAAACUUUUAUUUCAAUUACACUGCCACGAUUCCUGAUGAAGAAGAAUUCAUAUUUACUGGUUGUGUGCUCGAUCAAUUUGUGUCGCCAUUUUGGAUCGCUCGACAAUGGUUUAAUCAAAUAAUCAUUCGCCAAGAAUCGAUUGCAAUCACGAUUAAACCGCACAAAAAAAGAUGGUACGAAUGCCUUACAACCCAUAGCAAACUGAAUAUAAAUGAGUCAAGUUUACUUAGCAUUCAAUACACACCCGAAGAUCAAUGGUUGGAUGUACUCUAUGAUGAAAUCGAAUGGGUGACCGAUGUGGCAACGAUCUAUCAUUUAGAAAUGACAGGAACGUUUUUUAUCGGGGUUAUGGGUCAAAUUUUCAAUCUUCUGCCUGAUCUUCAUACAUUCCGUAUCUCCUCGAUCACAUUACCAACGGUUACAUUGUUAACUGAUGAUGAAUUAGAACAGUUUAUCGACGCAACGACUUCUAAUCGGAUUACGAAAGUUUAUCUGGAGAAAAUGAACACAUUUGAUGAGUUUCUUUUCCUUAUUGAUUUAUUUCCGAGAUUAGAAUCGCUUCAGAUCGGUUGUAAAAGCGAUAUUGACAUUGAAUUAUUCUUGCACGUGAUUCUCAUCAAGAUAAAUAGUAAAAAGUCGAAUCUUCGUUUACUGGCCAUGCGCAUUCCGACAGCUGACGACCAUAUAGUGAAGAAAAUACAAAAUCUUAUUGAUCUUACGAUUACACGUGCGAAUGACACAAUUUUCUUGCGACUAUAA